AGAACGAGACAAGCUAUUCACACAAAACAAAGCAACCAACAAAGACCAACCCAAAGCAUAUGUUUUGUUUUCACGUCCCACCACCUUCGCCACCCACACGAGCGGAUCUCUAUUCAAAUGCAUCAACUGCACACUCUCUCCUUUCACAUUUUCUAUAAAGCCCAGAUUUUGAUCAACUCUUUCCUCUCACUCUCCCUCUUGCCUUUAGACUUGUUGCUCAUCAUAUCUUCCUUCUCUCCCAAAACAAAAUCCAUUUUUCUCUAAGCUCUUUCUGUGGUUCACUAUAGCUAACCAGUCUUACAGAAAAACCAAAACCCCCUUGUUAACUGUUGCCAUUGCACUUAUAGUGUCGGCAAGUACCCAGUUUAGUUAGCUUGUUCAUGUUGUUUCUUGGGGGUUUGGUUUUUCUGGUGUGGGUGCGUGUGUCAAUUAAUGGGUCCUCAACAGCAUCACCAGAUGAGGAGUGACUCUAGUUAUCGUCAAGAUUUGAACUUUUUCCCAUCACAACUGUGUCUCUCAAAAACCACCUUUGGAGUCGUGGCUAAUUCGGAAAUGGGUUAUGGUGUUCAUGACAGAAAGAGCACCAUGUAUCUGAAUCUUGUUGGAGAUGAAUCUGAUCAUGAUGACGUUAUACAGACCACCGCUGCUGGCAAAACUAAGCUUUGUGUUAGAGGCCAUUGGAGGCCAGCUGAAGACUCCAAACUCAAAGAACUUGUGGCCCAGUUUGGUCCUCAAAACUGGAACUUGAUUGCUGAGCAUCUUGAUGGCAGAUCAGGGAAAAGUUGCAGACUGAGGUGGUUUAACCAGCUAGAUCCAAGGAUCAACAGAAGGGCUUUCAAUGAGGAAGAAGAAGAGAGGCUUUUAUCUGCUCAUAGACUUUAUGGCAACAAAUGGGCCAUGAUUGCGAGGCUCUUCCCUGGAAGGACUGAUAAUGCUGUCAAGAACCAUUGGCAUGUCAUCAUGGCUAGAAAGCACAGAGAGCAAUCCAACGUUUACAAGAGAAGAAAGCCCUCCUCUAGUUCUCAGCCUAUUAUUAUUCCUCAUCAUGAUCAUGAUGAAGAAGAUGGGACUAAGAAUAAUGCCUUUAGUGAUCGUUCAACGAUAUCAAUCAACACCAGUAAUGAUGAAUCUGGCUCAGCAGCCUCUGCCUCAACAUGUACUAAUAUUUCCCUCACUCCCUCAAACAGACCACUUGUUCCCAGCUUUUUCAAGAACAUCAAUCCAUUUCAGCAACACAAAAUCUUUGGAUCACAAAUGAUUGCAGAGUCUUGCAGGAUCAAGGGCAAUGAGAACGGUCAGUCAACAGUUUCAAACUCAGAAACUUCUGGAGAUGAAUCAGUACUUACCACCUACAGGACCAACAAUAAUAAUGUUUCUUCCAUGUCUGGAGAAGAUCAAAAUGAGAAGACGAGCGUGAUGCCAUUCAUUGAUUUCCUUGGAGUAGGCUCUACUUAAAACAGAGAGAUUUGGCAUAUUGUGCAAGAAAGAGCGUAAACCAAAUAGGGCACCACCAUGGUUUUUUGUGUGAUGCAGAAAAACUGGUGCAGUUCAGUCAGCAAAGAGGGUUGGGCAUCUCUACAGUCUUGGAUGUACAGUUAGUUUCAUUGAAAGGUAAAAGGAGAAGAAAUCUAGUAGUAAAAUAGCUAGCUACGCAAUCUAGAACUAUGAGUGAAAAUUAAGUAGUUAUUGGGUAGAAAAUAAUUCUGAAAACGGCUUUUGGAAUUUUGCAAAGCAACAGUCAGUGUCUCAGUGAUGAGUCUUGUGUAAAUGGGGCAAAGCCUAAGACAGAGUUGCUUCUCGUAAACUACUACUGUGUACUGUAUCAAGGAUGAACUUGAAUCAAAUGAAUGCAGUGAACCUGCCCGUAUUCUUGACCUGUCAAAUUGUCAAUGUUAUUGGCGUGUCACACU